AUGCCACCAAAAGGUCCAAAUAUCGUCCCUAGACAAGCACCAUCUCCUAUUGCUAUUGCAGGAUCACCACCUUCUUCAUCAUCUUCUGGAUCAACCCCAAGAACAAUGGCCAGUCCCAAUAUUUCUAUGAGUGCUAAAUCACCACUGGUGGUAGCAACUAACAACAAUAAUAGUAAUAACAAUCUUGUACCAAAACAAGUGACAACUAUACAAACUUCUAAAGAUUGGGUACUUCCACCAAGACCAAAACCAGGAAGAAAACCAAGUGUUGAUACUCCUGCAUCAAAGAGAAAAGCUCAGAAUAGAGCAGCUCAAAGAGCUUUUAGAGAAAGAAGAGCUACUAGAGUACAAGAAUUAGAACAAAGACUUUUGGAAGUUGAAAAAGAAAGAGAUAUUAAAGAAAUGGCUUUAGUCGGAACUAUUAAUAAAUUAAAGGUGGAGAAUCAAUUUUUGGUUAAAAAUUUAGAACAAUUGAAACAGGAGUUAAAUCAAUUAAAACAAUCAACUAUGAGAGCUCAAAUUCAACAACAACAACAACAGCAAGCUCAACAAGUUUCUGGAUCAAACAGACCAUCACCCUGUCAACAACAACCAGGUAUUAAAAUGUCUUAUUCAUUUAGUUCGUCAAGACCAGGAAGUAAUCAUCCAUCUCCUCAUUCAGGUCCUCAUAGUGCCAUGUCACCAGCAAGCUCUUCAUAUUCAGUUCAACAAAUAUCUCCAGCACCAUCUGCAGAUCUGCCUCCAAAUUUCUAUACCAAUGGAAGUGUCCAAAAUACUAGUAGAUUGCGUAACUCAUCACUGACUCAUUUGACACCAAUUUCAAACAAUCCAACUCCAGCCAAAUCAGCAAUGUCUUCAAAUAGUCAAGAUGAUGGUGGUGAUAACUUUGAUUGUGGAGUUUGUCUUAAAGAUAAUUGUCUUUGUGAAUCUGUGGGGUUGAAAGAUAUUGAUACCAACAAGAAGAGUAGUGUUAUUGGAAAAGAUUUACAAAAUCAAUUGAAUUCAUUUAAACCAAUGGCAGCUGUUUCAUUAUCAAGAAAGCGAACUGUUAAAUCUAUAGAUGAAGAACAAGAAAUUGAUUUUACUAAACAAUUUAGUACAAAGACAAAACCAAUGCCAGAUUUAAAGAGACUUAAAAAGGCGCCGAUCCCAUCUCCUGUACCAGUUAACAAUAAUAGCAACAACAACAACAACAAUAAUAAUAAUAAUAAUAAUCAACUCACGUCUUCAUUUAAUGAAGAUUCACCAGUUGAUAAUUGUGGUUUCUGUUCUGAUGAUACCCCAUGUGUUUGUCGUGAAGCUGCCAAGGAAGCUGCAAAGUUAAACAAUUAUUUAAACAAUCCACCACAAUCAAACAAUGAUCAGGAUGAUAUGAUGCAAGAUGUUCAAGAAGUAGUAGAACAUGAAGACGAUCAUAAAACAUUACCACCUAUUCAAACCAAUAAUAAAUCACAUAAUUUCCGUAAAUCUUCAUUACAUGUAAUGCAUCCUGGUCCAACUAUUGAAAUUCGUGAAUUUUCAAACAUUUCUGCUGUUCCUAACGUAUUGGCUGGUACAACGGAUCCAAGUACUCCAACUGGAACCACCAAUACUGACAGAUCAAGUAUAAGUUCAACAAGUAAAGAAAAUUCAAAUUCAAAUUCAAAUUCGAAUGACGGAGGAUGUACUGGUAAUCCAGGUACUUGUAAACAAUGUCAAAUGGAUCCAAUGUCAACUUUAUUUUGUACUACUGUUGCUAGUAGAACUUCGAUAACUUCAGAAACCGUUACUCCAAUGAGACAAUUAUCUAGAAAUAAUUCAAAAUCUUCAAUUCCUAUAAAUUCUUUAAAUAAUCCUCAAAGUCCUGUUCCACCUCCAUUAUUACCUACUACUACAAGUAAUAAUAAUUUGAAUACUUCAUCAUCUAGUACUCCUUCUACUCCUUCUAAUUCAAAUGGUUCUACUGGUAUGUUUAUACCUUGCGCUGAUGCUUAUAAAACUUUAUCACGUCAUAAAAAAUUCAAUAGUAUGGAUUUUAGUACUAUGGUUGGUAAAUUAACAACUAGAGGUAUGCAAGUUGAAGUACAAUCCGUGGCUAAUGUCAUUAGAGAACUAGAUAGGAGAUUAUAUAAUUGA